UGAAGGGAUAAUCGAGAGCACGUUGGACAGAUUGGAUUUUGGGACAAAAUUAUUCUCUUUUCACAAAACUUAAACAGGAUAUAGUAGGAAAUUCGAAUCUCUUUGUAUUGAUAGAGACUUUCCUGGCUGGUCAAGAACAUGGCAGAUUCACAUUCAGAGCGUUUUGAUGGAAUGUUGCUCGCGAUCGCACAGCAGUGCGAAGGAGGGAUUGCUGAGUUGCUAGAUGUAUUUUUUGGAUUUCUGGAAAGAAAAACAGACUUUUUCAUUGGGGCUGGGAAAGCAAAUGCUGAAAAAAUGGUAUUGAGCAAGUUCAAGGAGCAUCAGAAGAAAGUUGAAGAGAAAAAGGAAAAAGAGAAAAAGGAGGCUGAAUCUUUGAAAGCAGCAAAAGCCCAAAAGGAAGCACAACAAAAAACAGAGGCAAAGAUACAAGAAGUGACAGAGGAAGAAGCAGAGAGAAUAAAGAGAGAAGAACAGGAAAGGAAAGAAAAAGAACAAAAAGAGGCUGAGGAAAAAAACACAAAAAAAGAUGAAAAGAGUGAAAAUGGAGAGACUGCCAAAGCUGAUGGCUCUGAGGAUGAAGAUGAAGAUGCGAAAGGAAAACUUAAACCUAACUCCGGCAAUGGAGCUGACCUUGAAAACUAUAGAUGGACACAAACAUUGCAAGAAGUAGAGGCCUGGAUUCCUUUAAAUGUCAGUUUUAAAGUGAAAGGAAGAGAUGUAAUUGUGGAUAUACAACAGUUUCAUUUAAAGGUUGGCCUAAAAGGACAUCCUCCAAUCAUUGAUGGGGACCUGCCAAAGAAGGUGAAGAUUGAAGAGUGUUCGUGGGUGCUGCAGGAUCAGAAAAAUGUUGUCAUCACUCUAGAAAAAGUUAAUAAAAUGGAAUGGUGGUCACAGCUGUUGACAACAGAUCCAGAGAUUAACACCAAAAAAGUUCAACCAGAAAAUUCAAAGCUAGGGGAUUUAGAUGAUGAAACACGAGGAAUGGUGGAAAAAAUGAUGUUUGAUCAAAGACAAAAAGCUAUGGGAUUACCUACUUCAGAAGAACAGAAAAAGCAAGAUAUCCUGAAAAAGUUCAUGGAACAACACCCAGAGAUGGACUUCUCAAAAGCCAAGUUCUCAUGAAUUUUAUCCAAGUUAAUGACUUAAAUCAAUCAAGCUACUAGUUUAUUGCUUGAAAUUUAAUGUGAGAUGAGCAAGAUCCAAUAUUGGCUAAUUAUUGCUUGGUUUCCACAAAGGACAUUUUUGUGUGCUGUCUAUUACCUUGUGUUUUGCAACAAUGUUUUUUUUUUUCCCUUUGAACAAAACCUUGUCAUUAAUUAUUGUACUGUGCAGCCAUUGUUUGGGAUAUCAUGAAAGACUUCCCCCAAUAAAAAGGCUGUGAAGGAAAUAAGAGAUUGGUUUUCCUCUUUCUUUACCUGUAGAAUGUAGAACACCAUAGGUUUUGACACUGCAAACAAAAAUAACUUGAGAUGGUAUGUAGAGCUAUCAGAUUGAUUGCAUAGAAGUAUAGAUACCCAUCUAUCAAUUAAACAAUUACCUUUUAUUCAGUUUGUAGUUUUCUGCAUGGUUAUUUGUAUAAUUUGUUGGAUAUCACUCCCAUUGUAUUUUUGUUAUUUCGUGAUGAUUAAAUAAUUACCUAUCGAUACCUAAAAUUCAUAAAAAAACCAAGAACCCAUAUGGAAACCAGACCAUCCAAUAAUAAUUAAAAUAAAUGGAUGA